AUGAAUAUUGGACCUCGCAGAAAUAUCAAAGAAAUUCAUCCAAUUCACUAAAACUUCAUUGAACCUCAUAAUUACUAAUCUAUAUUCAAAAGUCCUAUGAGUACUCUUUAACGAUAGCAAAGACCUUCCAAAUUACCUUCAUUCAAAGUUUCUAGUGGAUGUUAGGCUUCAGUUCUGUAUCGCCAUCUAUAUCUCCUAAAUGGAGAACUAGAAAUAUGAG